UCAUGGCUCGUACUAAUUGUCAAGUUCCUCAAGGGCUUAAACAAGACGAAUUCAUUGAGCUAGAGCCAUUGAUUCGAAACUACCAUACCUUUGAGCAUUUAUCAAACACUUGCACUUCACUCAUAACACAGCGAAUCGAAGCACCCGCAAACGUCGUGUGGCCGUUCGUCCGGCGCUUCGACAAUCCCCAGAAGUACAAGCAUUUCAUCAAGAGCUGCAAGAUGACAGGUGACGGUGGAGUGGGAAGCAUUAGAGAAGUAUCUGUUGUGUCUGGAAUCCCUGCAUCGACAAGCACAGAGCGACUAGAGAUACUAGACGAUGAGAAGCAUAUUCUGAGCUUUAGGGUGGUAGGUGGGGAGCAUAGGCUGAAUAAUUAUAAGUCCGUUACAUCGGUGAAUGAAUUCGAGAAAAAUGGGAAAGCUUACACUAUAGUAUUGGAGUCAUAUAUUGUGGAUAUACCGCAAGGGAAUACUGGCGAAGAUACCAAAAUGUUUACUGAUACAGUCGUCAAAUUGAACUUACAGAAGCUUGGCGUAGUCGCAAUGGCGGCUAUGUAUGGUCAUGAAUGAGCAUAG